CGCAAGCGCGCACUUCUGGGCGGAAGCAACAGCCCCCGGCUGCACGUGGGCUCCGGGGUGAUGGAGGGGGCAAUGCAGACUGAAUCGAAGAUCCGGGCUGAUUCUGGGACAGAGCACGGCCCUCGGGGCCCCGGCUGUAGCCUCCGGCACUUUGCCUGCGAACAGAACUUGUUGUCCCGGCCUGAUGGCUCUGCCUCUUUUCUGCAAGGGGAUACCUCCGUCCUGGCCGGCGUGUAUGGGCCAGCUGAGGUGAAGGUCAGCAAAGAGAUCUUCAACAAGGCCACGCUGGAAGUGAUCCUGAGGCCGAAGACUGGUCUGCCUGGCGUAGCGGAGAAGAGCCGGGAGCGGCUGAUCAGAAACACAUGCGAAGCAGUGGUACUGGGAGCGCUGCACCCCCGCACCUCCAUAACUGUGGUGCUGCAGGUCGUUAGCGAUGCUGGCUCUCUCCUGGCCUGUUGCCUGAAUGCCGCCUGCAUGGCCUUGGUGGACGCUGGUGUGCCCAUGCGGGCCCUCUUCUGUGGGGUCACUUGUGCUCUGGACUCUGAUGGGACCCUCAUGCUAGACCCUACUGCUAAACAGGAAAAGGAGGCCCGGGCAGUCCUGACCUUUGCUCUUGACAGCGUGGAACGGAAGCUGCUGAUGUCCACCACCAAGGGGCUCUACUCCGAUGCCGAGCUCCAGCAGUGCCUGGCUGCGGCCCAGACUGCCUCCACACACGUCUUCCGCUUCUACCGGGAAUCACUGCAGAGGCGUUACUCCAAGAGCUGAGGCAAGCCAGGGCAGGCCGCCCCUCCCGCCACCUCCAGCGUCAAAGAAGCCAGCAGGCCGGCCCUGGCGAGAAAAAAGUGGCUAGCUAGCCCCCUCCCUGGGCAUGGGGGACGGGCACAGACCCCACCCCACUCCAGGAAGACACUGGUAGGGUAGUGCACUCACUGAAUGAAGCUACUCAUUCUAACAGCCCCAGGAAGCCGAGACUGCAGCUAGAGUGUGCAAAGCCUGCUGGGUGCUAAGGCCUCAGCAGUGAAUGAGGCCCAGGUUCGAGGAACGGUGAGGUGAUAGACAAAUAACAGUAGUGUGUGUUGGAUGGUGGAUGCUAUUUAAAAAAUAAAACAAUACAAAAAUUUUUUUAAA